AUGAAAGUUGAAGUUUAUUAAAGCAAUUUAAAUAUCAUUCAAGAUUCUUAUCUCUGUUCUACCAAGAUGCUUUUUCAUGCAUUAAUAGCCAUAUUAGUACAUAAUUAAAAAGAGCAAUCGUCAAAGCUAUCAAGCAAACUGGAGGAACCAAAAUAGAUGCUGAUCUAGAGAAGGUUUUGA